AUGGCCAAUUCACCUUCUCGCCCCUUCCACUGGCCAGGCGGCAUUUUGCCCGAGGUACGGCUAGAUCCCAACGGGGAUAUCAAACCUGACGAGGUCAAGGAAGAGGCUAAAGGGUGGUUGUUAUUUGUUACAGAAAGAUGGGUCUCCCGCGAAGCGCCCAAUAUUCCCGAUCAUGAUGGUGAUUAUGAAGUCCGCCAACGACGGACGCUGGUUGAGACAUGGGCGAAGGCAGACCAACAAUUUCGGGAUUCCUACCAUCAAAGAGCCCCUCCUGGAGACGCUCUCGCAUACCCGGAACCAGCUCUGCGCAACGUUGAUAAAUCCUUCCCCCCGCACGACCGUUUCAUGUGUCUCGCCCCCCUGAGCCGGUCAUACCGCUCCAAUCGCUCCAAAUGGAUCAAGCUUUGUAUUCUGUCCUAUCGCUUGGAUGGUGAAAUGGAGCAUUGUCUCGAGACUGCAGGAUCUAGCAAUGUCGGAGUUGAUCCCAACCCCGCUACAUUCCCAGAUCCAUCCACAUUUCAAAUCACCGACUUCUUGCCAUGGCUAAUUCUCGAAAUGGCCAAUUUCGCCGCUAUGACUAUGACUAAAAGGGGCACUGUGCUCUUCACGAAGUUUCUCAUCCCGUGGUUCCUUGUCGACUAG